AUGUCAGCAACCGAAGAAGUCAAAAAACCAAGCGUUGUUUCUGCUAAUAAGGUAACUCUUUGUCACUUUCUUUUCACUAGACAAUGUGUUAAUAUUAUACUUUGCUGCAAUUGCUAUUGGCAAUGGUGGCAUAGUUCAUAUACAUAUUAAUGUUACUGUCAAUUACGUUAUGCGUUUUAUAUACUUAUUGUUAAAUAUCUUAUUUUAGACUGAAGAAAAACAAGUGACAAAGACGGAAGAUAAAACUCAAACACAGAGCAAAGAUGUUCCAUCGGCAAGUAAGUGAUAAGGCUAAAUUAGUACUAGAAGUAGCAGUUUGUCAAAAGUUUUUUUAUUAUUUCAGAAACUACUGUUAAGAAGCUACUACUAGACUAAACACACUAACUCAUCCAUUUCCAGCCGAACUAGACACAGAAGAUGAGAACCAUUCGUCGCCGUCCAGGAAGCAGAACAGUAACGCUUCGGCCAGUGCCAAGAACUUCUCGCCCAUCAGUAUCCCAAAGCAGGAACUGAAGGCCGCGGCCAAAGGCUGUAAGAAGGAUGCGGAAGAGAACGAGCACUUUGAUCCCGUCUUCUACAAGAACCUUGUUGCGAUGAGACAGCACGACCAGACCAAACGACCUACCUUCAACAGUCAACCAGAGUCGGCCUAUGAAGAAGGCGAAAUCGUGUUGGAUGUGAUUGCCAAGAAGGUCAGCAAGGCCAAGGACAUCAGAUGUCAUCUUAAGGUCAAGCAACAAGCCUAUCUUGGAAGUGGUGCUUUUUCUGGUAGGGUCCAAAACUUAUAAUAGCAAAAUUGUUUUGUUUUGCUUUUUGUAAUACUAAAAAGGCUAGCUCCAUUUUUAUGGUGACUAGUCCACAAUCCAAAGUACCUCCUAUGCCAACCUAAAAUGAAAUAUGAUUACCAGAUUCUAAAUUACCUACAUUUCGAUUUCAGACGUAUACAAAGGAGUAGUAAAGCCGAAAGACAAGAAAGGAUGUGAAGAAGUUACAGUAGCCAUCAAGAAGAUCUGGCCCGAUCCGUCGCGAGAAGAUCGUCAGAUAUCGAUCCAUCGCAAACUCGACCAUCCCAAUCUGAUCAAACUCAUGUACUACUACGUAUGUAUUCACCCAAAGACUAAAGAUACCAUGUGGUCACUGGUACUCGAACUGAUGCCUUCCACAGUAUCACAGGAGCAAGGAAAGCGAAUGGACAGAGGCACAUUGUUACCUGCGUUGUAUGCCAAGGUAAGGUAAUUUAGUAGUAUCGAGUAAUAAAACAUGAUUAAAGGUAUCUAAAUUAUGUUGGAGUACCAAUAUAGUACUAGAAAUUUGAUAUUUUUGAACUUUAGUACUAGAAAAUUUAAAAUUGUUACCUAAAAUUCAAAUUUAUUUUUUUGCCCUAUUUUCAGUUGUUCAUGUACCAAACCUUUUGCGGUUUACUGUACCUCGAGAAGUCGCGCUACUUUCACCGUGACGUCAAACCCGAUAACCUCCUGGUCAACAUGGCUACUGGCGUCCUCAAGAUAGGCGACUUUGGAAGUGCUCGCAAGUAUCGAAACUACGAACGUAACAACGCGUACCAAGUGACACGCUACUACCGUGCUCCAGAAUUGUGUAUGAAGUUUACACGGUACGAUACGACGGUAGAUGCGUGGGCAGCUGGCUGUAUUCUGGCCGAAAUGUUGACGAAUCGUGUCAUUUUUUAUGGAGAAAAUAAUGCGGAUCAGUUGAAGAAGAUCUUCAGAAUCUGUGGCACGCCCUCAAUCGACCAGUUGAAGGAAUGUGUGCCUGGCCACGAAUUGGAUCCGGACAUUCUGAAGGACAAGUAUCCACCGGCCAAUUGGUUCAAGAUACUCAAGAGGUACAAUCGAAGUGUCACCGAGGUUCAUGCUGAUAUUGUUGGGUCGUAAGUUUUAUUCUAUCUCUCUUGUGUGUUGAGGUUUAUCGUUUCGUUGUUUUUUACUUUAUUCUUGUUAUCUUAUACCUUAUUUAUUCGUUUUAUUUCUAUGUUUUACAAUUUUUAUGUUAUUGUAGCUGUUUUUACUUUUUGUUUUAUACUUUGCAUAAGUGUUCUUAAAUUCAUCGUUUCAGAAUCCUGCGCUACGAAUGCAACAAACGGUUACGCGGCCUGGAUGCCUUAAAACAUCCAUUCUUCGACAGUCUUCGCAAACCGACCGCCAAGCUGCCCGACGGAAGCCCAUUACCUUUUUUGGAGCAUCUAAAUGAAACUAAAAAAUCUGUAGCUGCUUGA